AUGAGGAUCCAGCUAAACCAGGCUCCGACUGCAGGCCCCAAUGAUGUAUUGAUCAAACUCAACGCUACGGGCAUCUGCCUCAGCGACAUCCAUUUCAUGCUCAACGACUGGAAUCUGCCCAAGAUGUCCGAGACCGGCACCAAGUGUGCAGGCCACGAAGGCGCUGGUGUGAUCGUCAAGGUCGGUGAGGGCGUCAAGACGCUCAAGGUAGGCCAGCGUGCCGGCUUCAAACCCAUCCAGAACGUCUGCCAUACCUGCGAGUACUGCAAGACGGGCCGGGAGACAUAUUGCCUCAAGGCCAUAUUUACCGGUGGCUUUUGUGACGGCUCCUACAAACAAUAUGUCGUCUCUCCGGAGAAUUAUACCACUUUGAUUCCUGACGGCGUUUCUGACUACGUGGCCGGUCCGGUCAUGUGCUCGGCAUCUACCAUCUAUGCAUCCAUCAAGGAGUCCGGCCUUCGCCCAGGUCAGUGGGCUGUGUUCCCGGGCGGCGGUGGCGGUGUCGGUAUCCAAGGUGUGCAAUUGGCAUAUGCAAUGGGAAUGCGGCCGAUUGUGGUAGACACCGGGGACGAGAGGAGGAAACUCUCCUUGGCUAUGGGCGCCGAGCACUUCGUCGACUUCAAGGAGGGCGAUCCGGUCAAGCAAGUCUUGGAAUUGACUGAAGGCGGCGCCCACGGCGUCUUUGUUACCGCGGUCCAGUCUUAUCCCAUUGCUCUGGGAUAUCUGGGUGCCCGUGCAGGGGCUCAGAUCAUGUGUAUUGGUCUUCCUCCACACGGCAAAUACCAUAUUGACGUGGAUCCCACGCCUCUGAUCUUCCGCAACCAGUCUAUCAAGGGGACGUUGGUUGCAAGCCUAGCGGACAUUGAUGAGACUCUGGAUUUUGCCAAACGAGGCAAACUCCGCCUAGAGCCGACAGUCGUGGGAUUGAGUAAGUUCAACGAAGUGGUCCAGAAGCUCAAGAAUGGCCAGGUUGCAGGCCGGAUGGUCGUCGACUUUAACCUGCCAUAA